ACUAGGGCUGCCUCACGAGCUCCGAGGCAGUCACAGGAAGCGUCCCCUCCGGGACCCAGAGCUCCGCCUUGUUUCAGGGACCCGGAGAGAGCCGAGGGCCCGGCCUGAGCAGUGUUCCCCGGAGCGCGAGGGCGAGCCCCGAGGAGGCAGCGUCUCCCUCAGGGACCCCGAACAUAGCUGGCGCGGGCUCCGAGCGCUUUUCCUUCCCCACCCCCGGCCCGAACCCGGCGGGUGGUGUGGCUGCACUUGAACCAAACGGCCUUCGCGGGCCGCGGCCUCCCGGGGCUCCCGACGGCCUCUUACCGCCUCCAUCGCCCCAAGUGCAGAGGCUGCCCCAGAGCCCCGGGGAAACAUCCCAACCCCAGAGAAGGGCGGAUUCGCGGAGAGAUGAUGCUUAAGACUACAAGGAUAGCAAUCUCGCUGGAUCACCUGAAUUGAACUUGAAGCUUGAGUUAUUGACAUCAGGGGCAAACAUGGUGGACCCAAAGAGUGAAAUGGAAUUUUUUGACCAAGAGAAUAUGGAGGAGAUCUCCCAACUCGCUUCCCUGGAGAUGUCAGGGAACGUAGUCGCCAAAAGAAAAUCUUCAACCGUCGUCCUAGAAAAACCCAGCUAUCCUGACUCCGUGUACGUUAUGGCAGCGAACAUUUUUCAGGGUAUCCGGCUCCAAAAGUCGCCAGACAAAGUCAUAAUAAAUUACGGAAAUGAACUCCUUGAGUCUUCCUCGACCCACACCGAGGAUGAAUCUUUUCAGCGUUUGUCCUAUGAGUUGGCUUUCAGUACCCUGAAGUAUCAAGAUAUUUUGGAAAGUAUAUUAAUAGAUAGCUACAUCUUCUCAAGUACCACAAUCGCAGAUAAGUUGAACAGUCUUAUUAUUGUGAUGCUGUAUGAUUUCCAAGAUAGAAAAUUUCUGCCCCGUGUCCUUCCCAAUGAUGAAGAGACCAUACCAGAAGUUCAAGAAGUAGAGAAUCUUCUAAACAGCUUUAAGACAAAAUUGGCCGCUGCGUUGGCGAGAUGUCGAAUCAAACACGAUGCCCUCUCCAUUUACCAUAUUCUGCCAGAGACAGUUAGGAAACAGGAACAAAGGGCCUCAACUUUGCCUCUUUAUGCUUGGAUAAAUACUGCUAAAGUAAGCCUUGAAGAAGUCUAUAUUAAUUUGAGAAGAAAAGGUUAUGCUAAAGUCAAGACUGUGACGGAUCACAAUGAUAAUAAGGUCUAUGCUGUAGACCAGCAUUGCUACAAUGUCUUAAUUUUUCCAGCUCAUCUCAAAACAGAACUUUUAAACAUAGAUCUUAUAAAAGACUAUAAAAUUAUUUUCCAGGACAAGUCUCGAAGUCUAGCCGUCCACUCUGUGAAAGCUUUGAUGAACAUGGAUGAUGAUGUCCUAAUGGUCAACAUGGGCUCAUGGUACACCGUUGCCCAUAUGGCCAUCUUAACAAGUGGUAACACUUCAAAAAUAUUUGUAUGUGGAAUACAAUCAGAAGAGAAGGAUUCUGAUGCAAAGAAACUUUUUACAAAAAUGGGAUGUGAAAAUAUUGAAAUUCUUCAUGAAACAUUUCUUAGCAUUGACUCAAAAGAUCACCGGUUACAGAACGUGAAGGUCGUCCUGUUGCUACCCCGCUGUUCAAGCCUAGGUGUUAGUAACCCAGUGGAGUUUAUUUUAAAUGAACAUGAAGAUACAAGUUUACUUCAAGAUCUUUCUCAAGGUGGUCUACCAAAAGAUAAACUUCAGAUUUUUGCUCAGGAUCAAUUUGAACAGCUAACACAUGCAAUGAAAUUUACUAAAGUUCAAGCAAUUGUUUAUUGCACAUGUUCUGUUUCUGAAGAGGAAAAUGAAGAAGUUGUUAAGAAAGCACUGAAAUGUCAAAACCCAGGGGUUAAAAUACAACCUUACAGACUCAGCCCUCCUGUUCUCCCACUGUGCUCCUUAAAAGAGAUAGAACUGUCUGUGGACAGAUUUUUCAGAUUGGAACCAUCUGAUAUGACCAAUGGCUGUUUUCUUUCUAUCUUAACAAGAGAGCGAGACCCGUCUGAGACAGUGUCAGUGAAAGAUGUUUUGGCCAGGGCGGCAGCCAAAGGUCUACUGGAAGGGGUUGAGGUUGGGAAGACACUCAAACGGGACAAGAAGAGGAAAAAACCGAAAGCACCACCGCCCAGAGCUCCUCAGCAUGGGGACCCAGUUCGUGACCAUUUGGCAGUGGUUGGUAAUGACACCGGCAACCUCCAAAUGAAAAUCUCCGAGUUCCUGCAUCGAGAAAGCAAAAUAAGUACUGCAGCAAGAACAUCUCUCACAGCAAAGGUUGAGCCUCAAGUGGGCACUUCUUCCCAGAUCAGAAAGCCCAGCAAGCCUUUAUCCACUCCACUGGUGAGGAGUGUUCCCAGGCCGAUAGAAAGGCAGACAAACUUUGUGAGAGCUCGGCCAGAAGGCAAAGUGAUUCCUCUGAAACCGAUCGAAAUCGUUCUGCCUCCAGUGAUGUUUCCACUGAGUUCCCAGGGGCCCAGGUUUCAGAUGCCAGCCACCCAUUUUUAUUACCGCUUCAUUGGAUCAAAGGUUGGUGCGCUCAGCCAUCCUAUAAUACCCAGAAGAAAGGAGAAGGUUAAGGAGAGCAUACCUUCCUCCCUCGUCAGGCACCCUAGACCAUGGCUCUGACUGUGUGGCCCUCGUGGCUGGGUGGCUGGGCUUUGUCCACGUUUAGACACUGUUACACAAGAUGCUGGUGCUUUUGGUCACUUAGCAUCCUCUAAAGCAAGAUAACCUCCAGAGAGAGAAUGAAGACAGAUGAGGAGUAACACUGGAGGGCUAAGUUAAGGUCUCAUCAGCUCAGCGCUAAGAACCUGUUUUAGGAAGUCCAGUCACAGACUGCAUCAGAGAUUAGGCCUUGUCCCACUCUUGGGAGGUUUGACGUGUGGGCAGAGCAUGAGUGUCUUACCUGAAGGGAACCAAGGGUCCCUUCCAGUAGGCCGACUGGCAGACUUGACUGAGGGCCUUGGUAGAAAGUCCUGAGAUACGAAGGAUGCUUUUCUUUCCAGCCUGCUCCAGCUCUAGCCAGGAACCCGAGACCACUCUUUAGCUAGGCAGUUACUGUAGCUGGAACCUCUCAAAUCCCAAUGGAGGCCAGCUUUUGCCUUAAGCACCUUACUGCUCCCGAGACAGGACAUGUUCUCUACUAGGCUGAACUUUGAGUAGAGUAGGAAGCACAGGAAAUCCCAAGGGCCAGAAUGUGCACAGUCCAGAUGUUCCUUCAGAAAAUGUUUCUGGAGAAUUUCCAGGAUCCCAAGUAGACUGAGCACGGUAAUCCUUCCCUUCUGUUUAUGCCAAACAUUGUUGGAAAAGGGACAGCAAGCAAGUUUCCACCUAAGGAUUCUUAUUCUGAGAAAUAGGUCAACUGUCGGACAGAAGCAACAUAUCAUUGAAGAAACUCAGAGGUUUCUGAUUCUAUGCAAAGAUCAGGUAUCAAAGCCAAACGUACAAGUCAUUUCAAGAGCACACAGGGAUUGAACCUUGGUAACUCAUUUCUGAUGCACAGUUAGAAUAUACUGUAGCACUAUGUUAAUUACAUUAAACAUCAACUACUCUUAGCUAUAGUAACCAUUGCCUAGCAAUACUGAUAUGAUUAUCAUUUCUGGGUCUGAUUUUUCUUUUUCAUCAUGGCAACAGAAAUUGUUUGACAUUAAAUAAAGUUAUGAUUACA